GGAAUUUUUUACUUUUGGCGCACAUGACCUCUGAAAUCAAUUGAUGCUCAGGUUUACUCAUUCUUUAUCUUGUUAAUCUGUGAUUUGAUAUAUUCCAAACAAUGCAGUAGAAGUGUCAGGGGAUAUUCCUUGCCCCUUACUACAUCGGCAAUUUAGUAGGGGACUCGUGGGAAAGAGCUCCGAUAGCGACAUCCAGACAGGAAUGGCGGCCCUACACAGGGAAGCGAUACAAAAACAAAUUCAACAAGAUUGGGCUAACCGUGAAUAUAUAGAAGUUAUCACUGGCAGUAUUAAGAAGAUUACAGACUUCCUUAAUUCUUUCGAUAUGUCUUGUAGAUCGAGGAUAGCAGUCCUCAAUGAAAAGUUGACAACUCUCGAACGAAGAAUUGAAUAUCUUGAAGCAUGCGUCACGAAAGGCGAGACAUUGACAUAAUACUUUUAAGCAUAAUAUAAAUGUCCUUUUUACACUCCUUUUUAUUUCCUGUAUUAGAACCAGAAUAAAUACAUGAUAAAAGC